GAGAGGUACUACAACUACACACUGUCUGUGUUGUAUUCAGGAGAGGAACUCUCGGUACUACAACUACACCCUGUCUGUGAAUGGGAAGCCUAAGAAGCAUGGAAGGAACUACAGUGAAGACUACCUGACAGAUGUACUGACCAACAUGUCUCUAGACUUCCUCCAGUAUAAGUCUAACUACCGUCCGUUCUUCAUGAUGGUCUCGACCCCCGCCCCGCACGCCCCCUGGACCCCCGCCCCGCAGUACCAGGACCGCUUCAAGGACCUCAAGGCCCCUCGAGACCCCAACUUCAACGUCCAUGGGAAGGACAAGCACUGGCUGAUCAGACAGGCCAAAACUCCCAUGACGAACUCCUCUAUCGAGUUGCUGGACGAGGCCUACAGGAAACGGUGGCGUACUCUGCUGUCAGUGGAUGACUUGGUGGAGAAGGUGGUGAAGAGGUUAGAGGUCAGAGGGGAACUGGACAACACUUACAUCAUCUUUACCUCAGACAACGGAUACCACACAGGUCAGUUCUCUCUCCCCCUGGAUAAGAGGCAGCUGUAUGAGUCUGAUAUAAGAGUUCCUCUGCUGAUCCGAGGGCCCAACAUCAAGCCUAACCAGACCACCGGGCUGGCGGUCCAGAACGUUGACCUGGGCCCUACCAUCCUGGACAUGGCCGGUUACAACGUCAGUAAGACUGCCAUGGACGGCAUGUCCUUCCUGUCUGUACUGGAGGGAUCUGUGAACAGCACUACGUGGAGAACAGACUUCCUGGUGGAGUAUGAAGGGGAGGGGUCUAAUGUGUCUGAUCCCGCCUGCCCCCUGCUGGGUCCUGGGGUCUCCGUAUGUUUCCCUGACUGUGUGUGUGAGGACUCCUUCAACAACACGUACGCCUGCGUUCGUACCGUCGCCCCCUCUGCCAACCUCCAGUACUGCGAGUUUGAUGACAACGAGGUGUUUGUAGAGGUAUAUAACAUGACAGUUGACCCCUACCAGCUCAUUAACCUGGCUAAGACCAUCGACCAGGAAGUCCUGGAGAAGAUGAACCACAGACUGAUGAUGCUCCAGUCCUGUUCUGGACAGUCCUGUAGGACCCCUGGGGUCUACGAUACACGAUAUACGUUUGACCCUCACCUGAUGUUCAGUAACAGGAGCCACCGGCGCAACAGGCUGAGACGGGCCUGAAAUGAGAAGAGCAGGAGUAGAGGAGGGCUGUCUGAGCCCGUGCUGCUGUUCCCUAGUGUCUGAGACCUCGGCCCUGUAGGGGUUGGAGGGGGACCUUCUGUAAACUCCACACUACAGCACUUUUAACAGUCUGGACACAACACCCCCCGUCUACCCAGUGUCUGGACACAACACCCCCCGUCUACCCAGUGUCUGAACACAACACCCCCCGUCUACCCAGUGUC